CACAUUGUAACGACGAAUGAACAGCUGCAGUCUCUGCCAUAUUCAUCCAAGCCCGCAACAAUGGUAUUGUCUAGGAACGUUCUGACCAUCGGGUCGUUACUGGCCUCGUCCGUUGCUUUACCCAACCCGCAGCAACAUCGAAACGAUGACGAUGAUAAUGACACUCCAUUGCCCCUGAUCAUCUGGCAUGGUCUCGGCGACUCCUACGGCAAUGAAGGUCUCCAGUCUGUGGCCGCUCUUGCCCAAGCCGUCAACCCGGGCACCCUUGUGCACAUCGUCAGCCAGGGCGCCGACCCAAACGCCGACCAGCGCGCGACCUUCUGGGGCGACGUGAACGACCAGAUCGACAAGCUCUGUGCCGAUAUCGCCGCAAACCCCAUCAUCAGCACCGCGCCUGCAGUCGACGCUCUGGGCUUCAGCCAGGGCGGACAGUUCCUGCGCGGCUGGGUCGAGCGCUGCAACUCGCCUCCAGUGCGGAACUUGGUGACCUUUGGCUCGCAGCACAAUGGCAUCACCGAGUUCAGCGAGUGUGCGCCGACCAACUUCCUGUGCAGAGGCGCCAUGGCCUUGCUGAGGGGCAACGUCUGGGGCAAUUACGUACAGACCAACCUCGUGCCCGCGCAGUACUUCCGACCACCGACGGACUACGAUAACUACCUGGAGAAUUCCAAUUUCUUGGCGGAUAUCAACAACGAGAGGGAGGAGAAGAGUCUCGAAUAUAAGAAGCAGCUCACGAAGCUGGAGAACUUUGUCAUGUACAUGUUCGAGGACGACACCACAGUAAUUCCCAAGGAGACGAGCUGGUGGGCCGAGGUCAACGGGACGGAGGUCACGCCGCUGAGGUCGAGACCGAUCUAUCAAGAGGAUUGGCUGGGCCUGAAAGAGCUGGACCGCAAGGGAAGCCUGCAGUUCCGGACCACGCCAGGCCAGCACAUGCGCCUGGAGGAGAGUGUGCUGAACGAUACGUUCCGGGAGUUCUUCGGUCCCUUGAAGUCGACCAAGAAGGCUGUCUCUGUUGACGAACUGUAGAACAAGACCCUCGAGUUCUUGGCAUUGGGAUGAUUUGGGCGUUCAGGGCGAAAGUAUGAGCGGGAUUCAGCUGGGGAACUCGCGUCGCAUCAGACUUGUUACUCGAGCGGGAUCUGGGAAUUUAUCUUUUUCACAAGCUAAUUAAUGACAGAAGCUGGGCCUUCGUCCACCACUUAUAUCAAAUCAGUUCACCAUUUCAACCCUUUC